AUGGCUGAGUUUCUCUCCCUCUUGUUUUCCAAUGUAUUUUUACUGCUCAUUUCUUUCAUUAUUUGCCUUUUUCUCUUUGACUUUCUGAAGAGCAGGAAAAAUGGAUCACAGUUUCCACCAGGUCCUAAAGGCAUUCCAUUCCUUGGUAACAUUCUGCAGGUUGACUACAAAAAUCCAACAGAAACCUUGCGCAAGCUUAAAAAAGAGUUUGGGGAUGUAUAUAGUUUGCAGUACUUCUGGAAAAAAAUGGUGGUGCUGAAUGGGUUUGAUGUGAUGAAGGAAGCGCUAAUCAACAGGUCGGAGGACAUCGCAGAUCGACCUCGAUUUCCUAUCUAUGAAAAAAUAGGAUAUGUUGGAGAUGCCAAAGGCAUAGUACUGGAACGAUAUGGAAGCUCAUGGAAAGAGCAAAGAAGGUUUACCCUGUCAACACUUAGAGACUUUGGGAUGGGCAAGAAAUCUCUCGAGGAAAGAGUGACAGAAGAAGCUCAGUGCCUGUGUUCUGCAUUUAAAUCUCAGAAAGAUCAAUUCGAUCCACAUUUCCUUAUAAACAAUGCUGUUGCCAAUGUCAUCUGCUCCAUUGCAUUCGGGGAUCGGUUUGACUACAACGACGCAAAAUUCCAAAGGCUUUUACAUCUCUUUAAUGAGGCUUUAAAGGCUGAAUCUGGACUCUUGGCCCAGAUCAUAAAUGAAAUUCCUGUUCUAGUGAAAAUCCCAUGGAUUAUUGACCAUGUGAUGAAGCCAGAGUAUAAAAUUAUUGAAUUCUUAAAGGAAAUAGUUUCAGAGCAUAAGAAGACUUGGAAUCCAAACGACAUCCGUGAUUUUAUUGAUGCCUACCUGGUGGAGAUGGAAAAAGUGAAGGACGAUAGUUCCAGUAGCAUGAAUGAAGAAAACCUGCUUAUGACAACGUAUGAUUUGUUUGGUGCUGGGACAGAAACUACAAGUACCACCCUGAGGUGGGCUCUGUUGUAUAUGAUCCUUUACCCAGAUGUUCAAUCCAAAGUACAAGAAGAAAUCGAUCAAGUAAUUGGAAGAGAGCGGACACCGACAAUGGGGGAUGUGCUACAAAUGCCAUAUACUUAUGCUGUGAUCCAUGAAGUACAACGAUGUGGAGAUAUUAUUCCCAUGGCUUUGCCUCAUAUGGCCUACAGAGAUAUAGAAAUUAAAGGUUACAUUAUACCAAAGGGCACAACUGUCAUCACCAACCUGUCCUCUGUACUCAAGGAUCAGCGAGUAUGGGAGAAACCUUUCCAGUUUUACCCAAAGCACUUCCUGGAUGAGAACGGAAAGUUUGUAAAACAAGAAGCAUUUAUGCCAUUUUCUGCAGGUCGGAGGUCUUGCUUGGGAGAACGACUUGCCAGAAUGGAACUCUUCCUGUUUUUUACCACGUUAUUACAGCAACUUACAUUUGAGAUACCAAAUGACCAACCUCGUCCAAGGGAAGAUCCUUCCUAUGCGUUAACUUUAAGUCCACAUCCUUACAAUAUUCGUGUUGUACCUAGGGAAUAACAUUUUAAACAGAGAGAGAUCUGAAUUUAUAUAACUGAACCUGCUGAUUUAGGACUCUGUAGAUAUAAAAUGGAAUCUCAUAUAUAAUUCUAGAAAUCCUUGUUAUCAAGAGUUUUUUACAGAACACUUGUCAUUCUUAUAAUAACGCUUAAUUAAACUUCAGU